AUCCAUUAAAAGUUUUUAUAUUUAAAAAUAUAUGUAAGGAGCUCCAGUGAUUGUAGUGAAUGCUAACACAAAAAGAGAAUAGGGUAGAAAAGCUCAAUUAGGAAACAUCUAGGCAGCCAAAGCUGUAUCAGAUAUAGUAUUGACUACUCUUGGACCCAGAUCAAUGUUAAAAAUGUUACUUGAUCCAAUGGGCGGCAUUGUAAUGACAAAUGAUGGUAAUGCAAUUUUGAGAGAGAUUGAUGUUUAGCAUCCAGCAGCAAAGAGCAUGAUCGAAUUAGCAAGAGCUCAAGAUGAAGAAGUUGGAGAUGGAACAACAUCCGUCAUCAUAUUGGCAGGUGAAAUGAUGGUAGCAGCACGACCAUUCAUUGAAAAGAAUAUUCAUCCAACAGAAAUUGUUAAUGGGUAUUUCAGAGCCUUGGAAGAUUCUGUAAAUAUCUUGGAUGAAAUUUCAUAAUAAAUAGACACCGACAAAAAGCAAGAAGUUAUGAAAGCAUUACAAUCUUGUAUUGAUGGGGGAACAUUAAUUAGUGAUCUCUCUUUAUAAGCAACCAGAAUAGUUCUUAGAGGAGGAAAUAUUAAUAAAUUGAAUUUAGAAAUUAAGAGGUAUGCAAAGGUAGAAAAAAUACCAGGAGGAACUCUUGAAGAAAGUUGUGUACUUGAAGGAGUCAUGAUUAAUAAAGAUGUUACACAUCCAAGAAUGAGAAGAGAAAUCAAGAACCCAAGAAUUAUAUUAUUGGAUUGCACAUUGGAAUACAAGAAAGGUGAAUCUAUGACUAAUAUGGAAAUGACAAAGGAAUCAGAUAUGACUGAUGCACUCUAACAAGAAAUUAAUGAGGUUGCCCUUAUGUGUAAUGAUAUAUUGAAACACAAACCUGAUAUUGUUAUUACAGAAAAAGGAGUUUCAGAUUUGGCUUAACACUUUUUAUUAAAAGGAAAUGUCUCCGUCAUUAGAAGAGUCAGAAAGACAGACAACACAAGAAUUGCCAGAGUUUCAGGUGCCACUAUUGUCAAUAGACCAGAAGAAUUAUAGGAAACCGACGUUGGUACAUUAUGUGGAACAUUUGAAGUCAAGAAAAUUGGAGAUGAUUAUUUCGCUUUCUUUGUAGAUUGCUAAAAUCCAACUGCAUGCUCUAUCAUAUUGAGAGGUGCAUCAAAGGAUGUUUUGAAUGAAAUGGAAAGAAAUUUACAUGAUUGUUUGGCAAUCCAAAACUAUUACCAGGAGGAGGAGCAGUUGAAAUGGAAGUCAGUGCUAGAUUAUUGGAAAAAGCAAAUAAAGUUGAAGGAUUGGGUCAAUUGCCCAUAUAAAGCUGUUGCCUAUGCUUUGGAAAUCAUACCAAGAACUCUCUCUGCCAAUUGUGGAGCUGAUACAGUCAGAAUUUUGACAGAGUUAAGAGCCAAACAUAGUGAAACUGGAGGAUUAUUUUUUGGAGUUGAUGGAAAUACUGGAAAGAUUGCAAAGAUGAAUGAUAUUAAUGUUUGGGAACCUUUGUCUGUAAAAAAAUAAGUUUUUAAAACUGCCAUCGAAUCAGCAUGUAUGUUGUUGAGAAUUGAUGAUGUUGUAUCAGGAAUCAAGAAGAAGUAAUAAUAAUCAGGACGUCAAGGAGAGGAGGAACCCUAAGAAACAUUUGGAGAUCAAAGAGAUGGUUGAUAAAUAAAUCAAUAUCAAUAUAGUAUAGAUAUAGUAAUAGAAUACAUUAAUA